CCAAACACCAGUUGGGGGUUGGCUAAUCAUUUGCAACAUGAAUUCGUGCCGCUAUUCAGUCAAUGCUCGACAGUCGUCAUCUGCUCGCGGCAUUCUGGGUUACAGCAACGCGAAUUUGGCUACCACGGGGGAAUAUCUUGAAUUUUGUUGCGAUACAAAAACAAAGUUACAACAUUUUUUUUUUGUUUCCUCAUAGUUUGCUGUGUUUAAAAAAAGCCUACUAGUGAUUUAUAAUUCAUCCAAAGCCAAACGCCUUUUUUUCAAUAUUUACGAGCUCUAGGUCGUUUUACAGAGGAGGAAGUUCUGUAUCGAAAAAAAAAACAAAAUAAAAGCACAUUAAUAAAUAUGAAUAAUUAAAUUAUUUCAAAGUGACAACAAAAACAAAACUAAUCCAACCGUAACUAGUCAACAAUUAUCGAUUCGAAUAUGAGACAUUUGUUCGGGCUGCCUUUAACCACAGGCGCCGUGGUGGUGGGCUCUUUGUCCGCCUUGUUUUUUCUCUAUGCCAGCAUUCAAACCUCCUACAAUUUAUUGCAGUUUAUAAAACAAGAAAAAGCUGCCGGUCCUGAAUGGAUCGUUGACCCCGAUACAGGUGAAAUAAGUCAUGGAUCAAUUGGGAGUAGAAAAUUUACCAAAGGACCAAAAACAUCAUAUUCGGGAUGGAUUAUUAACACAAAUAGAGGGGGUUUUCAUGUCUUUUAUAUCUGUUUGUGUGUAACGUCAUUUAUAUCAGCAGUACUUCUUAUUGUGGGUGCGAUAAGGAAUAGCCGAAAACUCUUGGUACCAUGGCUUUUAACUGGAGCGGUGACAAUGGUGGCCCUUAGUUUGUGCCUGAUAUACACCAUUUACUUAUUCACUAUCUAUAGCCUAAAUGGAUGGUGCGUGGAAGGUACUAUGAUCAUAGUCCUAUUCGUAACAAUUGUAUCAUUGACUUUGCAAAUCUAUUUGUGGUUGGGAGUGCAAAAACUUUACAUGAAUCUCACCGACAAUAAUGAAAGACGAAAAAUAUUACCCACCACUGUGCCUCUAUACGCCCAGGAUGAAGCGUUUUAUUAAUAACACAAACUGACAAUAUCAGACCUAUAAACAUGGCCAAGGUCCAUCAUCAACGCAGGGUUGGCAUAUAAAUCACUUGGACACCAUUGUCACAGCCUGCCGAUUAGGGCGGUGUGGAACACAACCGUCAUUACAACACAGCCACCAAAGCUUCCAACGACUAUUGACUUUUAUUUGUAUAUUAUUAGCGUUUAAGAAAUUUCUUUAUAGUAUUUUGUUGUAAUGAAAAAAACAAAAAGAAAAUUUACUCUAAAAAUGGUAUUAGAAUAUGUGGUUGGUUUGUUCCAUUUUGUGGUUUCUAAAUUAAGAAACAUUUCUUUGUCUAAAGAAACCGAAAAUGGCGUCACUUGUCUUGAAAAACACUCACUGUCAAAACAUUUUGAUUGGCAAAGACAAAACGAUGAAAAAAGAAAAUUGAAUAAAUUUAUGACAUUAAUUUGUAAA